ACCACUCCGCGCGCUGCAGGAGAGAGUGGCAGACGGAGGCGGCCCGGGGAAGCGAGCCGGAGCGGCGCCCGCACGGAGGCGGCUGCAGUGCUGACACCACUCAGAGCAAGGGUCUCCGACGGCUGGAGCGUUCUGUUUUGAACCCAAAGUGGAUGAUGCCAUCAGAGCUGAACCACUGAACAAAGGCUGUGAACAAUUCCCGUCUUCUAAUUGACCAUCAGUUGAGAUAAGAUGGAGGACUCUUACAAGGAUAGGACUUCACUGAUGAAGGGUGCUAAGGACAUUGCCAGAGAGGUGAAGAAACAAACAGUAAAGAAGGUGAAUCAAGCCGUGGACCGAGCCCAGGAUGAAUACACCCAGAGGUCCUACAGUCGGUUCCAAGAUGAGGAAGACGAUGAUGACUACUACCCUGCUGGAGAAACCUAUGAUGGGGAGGCCAACGAUGACGAAGGCUCAAGUGAGGCCACUGAGGGGCAUGAUGAAGAUGAUGAGAUCUAUGAGGGGGAGUAUCAGGGCAUCCCCAGUAUGAACCAAGCGAAGGACAGCAUCGUGUCAGUGGGGCAGCCCAAGGGAGAUGAGUACAAGGACCGGCGGGAGCUGGAAUCAGAAAGGAGAGCUGACGAGGAAGAGCUAGCCCAGCAGUAUGAGCUGAUAAUCCAAGAAUGUGGUCAUGGUCGUUUUCAGUGGGCCCUUUUCUUUGUCCUGGGCAUGGCUCUUAUGGCAGAUGGCGUAGAGGUGUUUGUCGUUGGCUUCGUGUUACCCAGUGCUGAGACAGACCUCUGCAUCCCAAAUUCAGGAUCUGGAUGGCUAGGCAGCAUAGUGUACCUCGGGAUGAUGGUGGGGGCAUUCUUCUGGGGAGGACUGGCAGACAAAGCGGGAAGGAAACAGUCUCUUCUGAUUUGCAUGUCUGUCAACGGAUUCUUUGCCUUCCUUUCUUCAUUUGUCCAAGGUUAUGGCUUCUUUCUCUUCUGUCGCUUACUUUCUGGAUUCGGGAUUGGAGGAGCCAUACCCACUGUGUUCUCAUACUUUGCUGAAGUCCUGGCUCGGGAGAAGCGGGGCGAACACCUGAGCUGGCUCUGCAUGUUCUGGAUGAUCGGUGGCAUCUACGCCUCUGCCAUGGCCUGGGCCAUCAUCCCGCACUAUGGGUGGAGCUUCAGCAUGGGAUCAGCCUACCAGUUUCACAGCUGGCGUGUGUUUGUCAUCGUCUGUGCACUCCCCUGUGUCUCCUCCGUGGUGGCCCUCACAUUCAUGCCUGAAAGCCCACGAUUCUUGUUGGAGGUUGGAAAACAUGAUGAAGCUUGGAUGAUUCUGAAGUUAAUUCAUGACACCAACAUGAGAGCCCGGGGUCAGCCUGAGAAGGUCUUCACGGUAAACAAAAUAAAAACUCCGAAACAAAUAGACGAGCUGAUUGAAAUUGAAAGUGACACAGGAACAUGGUAUAGGCGGUGUUUUGUUCGGAUCCGCACCGAGCUGUACGGAAUUUGGUUGACAUUUAUGAGAUGUUUCAACUACCCCGUCAGGGAUAAUACAAUAAAGCUGACGAUUGUCUGGUUCACGCUGUCCUUUGGGUACUAUGGAUUAUCUGUUUGGUUCCCUGAUGUCAUUAAACAUCUGCAAUCCGAUGAAUAUGCAUUGCUAACCAGAAAUGUGCAGAGAGAUAAAUAUGCAAAUUUCAGUAUUAACUUUACAAUGGAAAAUCAGAUUCAUACUGGAAUGGAAUACGACAAUGGAAGAUUUGUAGGGGUCAAAUUCAAAUCUGUAACUUUCAAAGACUCCGUUUUUAAGUCCUGCACCUUUGAGGAUGUGACUUCACUCAACACCUACUUCAAGAACUGCACAUUUAUUGAUACUGUUUUUGACAACACAGAUUUUGAGCCAUAUAAAUUCAUUGACAGUGAAUUUACAAACUGCUCAUUUUUUCACAACAAGACGGGAUGUCAGAUUACCUUUGAUGAUGACUACAGUGCCUACUGGAUUUAUUUUGUCAACUUUCUGGGGACAUUGGCAGUAUUGCCAGGGAACAUUGUGUCAGCUCUCCUGAUGGACAGAAUUGGGCGCUUAACAAUGCUAGGUGGCUCUAUGGUGCUUUCGGGGAUCAGCUGUUUCUUCCUUUGGUUCGGCACCAGUGAAUCCAUGAUGAUAGGCAUGCUGUGUCUGUACAAUGGAUUGACCAUCUCGGCCUGGAACUCUCUUGAUGUGGUCACCGUGGAACUGUACCCCACAGAUCGGAGACACAGAGUCUUGCCAUGUUUCCCAGGCUGGUCUUGAACUCCUGGCCUCAAGUUAUUCUCCUGCCUCAGAUUCCCAAAGUGCUGGGAUGACAGUCUUGAGCCACUGCACCUGGCUUUGUUUCCAUUUUUGAGGGUUAAAAUUGCUUGAAAUUUUCCAAAUGUAGUAUACAAGUUCUUGCUAAGGACUUAGUAGAUAUCUUUAUUGCUGUCUUUUUUCUCUCUUUUGCCUUGUAGAAAUAUCCCACAAAGUGAAGUAGCCAAAUCAACAAGUGUGAACAAUUGUAUAGCUCUUGUUAAAUUUACUAGACAGCUCUCAGGAAAGACAGAGCCAGUUUACAGCAUGAGCCAUUAGUGGGUGUGAACCUCUUUUCUAAGAUCUUCUUCUAAACUUGGCUUUAUCAUUUAAAGAGAUACAAUUAUUGCAAACAAUUUGAAGGAAUUCUUUGUCUUAUAAAAAAAAAAACUCAGAACACCUCCCUGUGAUCCCCGAGUAGGUAUAGUUGACUUUGAACUCCACCAACAGACCACUUUACACAUCUGCUUGGGGACCUUUGCUUUUGCUCUGAAAUGCUCCCUCCUGGUGAUUAAGUGGCUUGCUCCUUUACUUAGGUAUCUGCUCAGGUAAAAUCUUAACCAAGAGGCCUUUACUCUUCACCCUACCUCUGCCCCACCCUGAGACUCUUAACUUCCAUGGUCCUCAUCAUCCACCUGACAUAAUAUGUACUUCUUUGCUUUUAUAGAUAUUAUCUGUGUCCCACCACUAGAAUGUUAUUUGAUGAGAAUAGAAACUUUGCCUC